ACUCACUCACUCUCUCUCGCCCUGGCAAAGUAGCAAACUUGCAAGUUGAGUUGUGACAAGAUAUUCCGAAUACUACCUCUACCUCUCCACAAUUCACAGCUUAAAGUAGUCUCCUACAACAGGGACAACUCUUUGCUUUUUUUAUGUCAUUUAUCCUUCAUUCGCUCAAAUCUGUAUCUUUCUUCCGUAAGGUACUCACUACCCAUUCUUACUCGCGUAGUCCGUGAGUGACGUACAGGGUCUUUUUGACAACUGCAACUUGAGAUACUACACCAUAAAACAACAGCACAAGACUUUCCCUUGAGACUCGGAAGGUGCACAAACGUGUUUGCGCAAGAAAGAGCCCGCACCAAGUUUAUUAUAAGAGCAAACAAACGUCAAAUAUCGAUUAUGGCGUCUGACUUGUGAGUCCUCGACCAACAAACCCGUUCCAUCAUAGUCGUUCCAGUCUUUUUGUUCGGUAUCUUUCCAAUCUUUCUUUUCGUUCGCUUCUUUUCAUUCGCUCCUCAUGUGUGGAUUCAAGGCUCACUUACACGCGAUACGUCCUCGCAGACAACGCACGUUUCCCUCUGCUGAGGAGACGCUCAAGCACCCAGCCUACCCAGGCACACUCUGGGCCCUAGAACCUCACUCUCACGGCAAGGUCUCUGUCGCUGAGGGUCGCGGUGGUCCAGUCGGCAUUGCAUGGGAGAUUCAUGGUCAAGGACCCGUCAAGCUUGUGCUUAUUAUGGGAUUGGCAGGGGUCAAAACAUCAUGGCAGCGUCAAACAAAGUAUUUCGGUCAUGAUCGAGCCGACAAGUACUCGGUUCUCAUUAUCGAUAAUCGUGGUAUGGGCGGCAGUGACAAACCCGUGGGUGUCUAUUCUACCAGUGGCAUGGCACUCGAUGCCAUCGAGGUCAUCGACCAUGUUGGCUGGAAGGCUGAACGGGAUAUCAACCUCGUUGGUAUCUCCAUGGGUGGCAUGAUUGCACAAGAAGUUGCUAUUCGUAUUCCCAAGCGUCUGCAGUCGCUCUCCCUCAUCUGCACAUCAGGCAAAGUCCAAAACACGAAGGGACUGUGGGAAACUGUCUCAGACACCAUGGGUAUGAUCAUCCCCAAGUCCAUGGAGCGCAGUAUUGUCGACACCGCUCUCCGGCUCUUCACACCCGAGUGGCUCGUCGCACCAGAUGAUGAUAUACUACCCGAGCCAGGCGUCACCGCACGAUGCAGUCCACCACCGCCAGAGGGUGGUCCAACGUACCGCCUCUUCGAGACCAACUUUCAGCGUUUCCAGGCUCACGAACUCACCAAGAAAACAAAUCCCGAGCUGUACACCACCAAAAUGCUCAUGUGUCAACUUGCGGCGGCAGCUUUGCACAACAAGACGGAUGACCAGCUACGGGAAAUAGCAGACGGUGUCGGCUCUGACCGCAUCAUGAUUAUGCAUGGAAAGCGUGACAACAUGAUCAGCUUUCCAAAUGGCGAACGGCUCAUUAAGGUGUUGAAACCAGGCUCUGUACACAUUGUGGACGAUAUGGGACACGCACCCAUCAUAGAGAAGACACAAUGGUUCAACAGCGUCUUGGAGGAACAGCUGAGUAUGUGGACCAAGCCGAAGGAGGAAUAAGGGUGGUGAGUGGCAGUUGUUUUCGAGCAUAUGAGUAAGCGAUGAUACUGAAUAUUGCGAUAAGCAUGGAACGUUGUAAGAGAACAAGCAGGACAGGCAGUGGAAUAAUAAGCAC